AUAUGUACAUACAUAAAAGCGACAAGGACUCGCACCCACCACUCAAUAACCAUCUCUUCUGCCUAGUAAUUUUGCAGAUCUGAUUUGCCAAACCAAGCGAAAUAAAUAUGCGAUCCGCGAUACUCGUCGCUCUCUGCUGCUGCGUUGCGGUCACGUCCGCCGGCGUGGUCAACGUGUCACGUUGUGACGGACUUGGCACCCCGGUCCAAACCAGGAUUUCUGAUUGUGACGGAUACUGCCGAUUCCAACCUGGCAAAACUUAUGAUUGUGAACAGGACUUUAUGCCGAGUUCGUCAAUUCUCAGACUCAACUUGAAAGUCGAGGUUUGCUAUGAUGUUGGACUUUGCAUGCAAAUUAUCAACGCUGACCUACCCGGCACCCCUGUCGGACCUGGAUUCAUUUACACUGCUAAAUUUACUUUUGUGCCGAAUGACAUCCUCGCCGGUGAAACGCUUGAGAUGAGGGCAAUAAUUUCUAGAACGGAGGGUGGAGUUUAUCCUGAGAUUUGUGUCUUAUGUAAGGUUGAUGUCUUGCCAUUGUUGUAAAUUAUUUUUUGAACAAAAUAAUUAAACAGGA